AUGGAGACAUUCAGACCCAAUGAUUUGACAGCAGUAAAUAAAGACAGGAACAAGGAUAAAGGAAAUUCAAAACCAAGAGUUUUAAAAUACAAAGAAGGAAGAUAUUAUCAAGAUGUUCUACCAUCAGGGAAUCGACCAGCAGGAAAGGAGACACUGAAACAUAAAACGUUGGGAACAAUCUCUGUACCCUUGAAGUCAGAGAAAGCAGAAGAAGUUUAUCAAGAUUACACUCCAGGCAUAAUUCAACAAGAUGUACUUACUUCAGAACCAUUGCCCGGUAAGAAGAAAGAGAAAUCAAAGGAAAAGGAUCAAACUCAUGCUUGUCCAAACGUUAGGAAAAAAAGACUUGCUUCAUAUGAUAGAACAGUACCAAAUGAUGAUGAUGUGAUAUGUCAUAUUAUUAGACUAAGAGAAAAACUUGGUUGGCAAACAGUAUUACCACAGCACAGUUUGGAAUACAGAUGUUUCAAAACUGCAACUCAGAAGAUACUUCUAAAGGAACCUUUGAAAGAUGAUGGAGAAUUUAUAUAUUGCCUCCUUCGAAAAAAUUCUAAAGCUCUUAAUAAUCCAUAUGAUCUUCAUGUAGUCUCUGCCCACAGAGCUAGACAUUGCAAAGAAUUUUGGAUUAUUACUGCUUCAUUUAUCUCAAAGGUUACUAAAAUAGGUGCUGAAGAAGAAGUAGAACUUAUACCUACUUUGGAAUGGCUACUAGAAAGAAGAUUUUACUAUUUAUUACAGCAAUUCAAGAUAUUUUCCAAUUUUCGAAUUAAUAAAUUAUUUGUUACUUGGAAACUGACCGUUAAAAGAAUUAAGACUGAUAAGAGCAGGUCACUUUUGUAUUGCAAUCUAUUUUUUGCUGAUGAGUUAUUUCAAGGCUGUUUGCUUUAUAUAAAGGGACUUUGUGAAGAUGCAGUUAGUCUCAAAAAAGGUGAUGAAGAUAAUUCAAAUGCCAUAUGCCUUGUAAAGCUGGAUAAGUUUCGAACAUAUUCUCUACAUGAAUUUUGUGAAGAACAGUUGCAUCAGGCUACUCAGGCAUUGAAACAACUUGAAGAUAUCAGGGAUAAAGCAAUUUCAGAAAUAAAACUUACAAUUUUAAAGGUGGCAGAAAAGAAAGAUAUUAAAGAAUAUUUUGAAGCAAACCUUUCUGAAGAUAUGACACAUUUCAAGCUGCCUACCUAUCGACGCUUAUUAGAAGUAAUUUUUAGAUUCUUGACGCUGGUUGACUAUAUGUUUCAGGAACUCACCCGUCAACUAAUGAACACUGCAGUCACACUACUUUCAGAAUUAUUUAAUAGUUCUGCUAGAACGCCAGUUUCAGUGGAAAAAAAGAAUGAAAAUCUCAUCAAAAUACAUAAGGACAUCUUUGCUUUCACUGGAAAGAUGACAAGUGAUUAUGACGAAAUGGAUAAUUCACACUUAUAUGCUUAUCCUGUUCUAAAGUCAGAAGUCAAAACACAAGACAAUGAGAUUUUGAAUAGUAUUAAAGUGGAUACAGAUUUGAGAAAAAUAUGUGCGCCAAUAUUUGAAGUAAACCUACAGUUGAGAACUCCUGCUGAGAGUGAUUCUUCAGAAAAUUCUGAAGAGAACUUACAUGAGUCUGACGAGUGCUCUGAAAAAUCUGCAAUAUAUGGAGAUACAUCAGAAAAUGAAGUCAAUGUUUUCAUUAAACAAUCAAGUGAAGAACUACUUCCAAUGAAGAAAUCAAAAACAAUGAGUUACAGCUAUGAAAUUCUUUCAGGUAAAGUGAAUGACACUAUUAAAAGUGAGAGGAAAUAUCUCAGCAGCUGGAAAAUACUUUUAGAAUUCCCUACAAAUCUCUUUAUAACGCCCAACAGAUUGGAGUUUUCAAUACAAAUUCAAAAUAUGGUGGCUGCUAUUGAGAAAUGCAUAACCAAAAUUAUUCCUCUUUGCCAAGAUCCCCGCCUGUCUAUCUUUACUGAGUCGGCUUUAAUUAUGGAUUUACCUAAUAAGAACAAAAGUGUAAUAGACUAUCAAACCAGAUGGCCAGAUUGUCAGGUCCUUUUUGAAAUGGAUCCUGCCUACCAAGAUAAAAUUGUGAAUUUCCUGACUAUUAUUGGAACUUCAAUGGGCCAAGUUAAUAUUUACAGCUGCCAGUUUAGGAAAUAUUGUACUAUGGUAGAGAAGGCCAAAAUCAUGGGUACCAAAAUAUCAUCUAUGGAAGAAUUAACUUCAACACAGUUUAAAAGUAUACUGUCUAAAUUCAGAAACUACCUUCGACAAAUUGUUAAUAUGGCCAUUGAGAAGCGCAUUGGUAUUUUCAAAGUUAGGAGUUUUGAUUAUCAGUUACAAUGCUUACCAUAUGUUGAGAACAUCAUAGAUAUGAGCCAAAACCUCUUGAGAUCUGUAAUUGAAAGAAAGAAUGCAAAUCUAUUGGAGGUUAUAGACUCAUCCUUGCAGAAGCUGGAAUAUACUCCCACUGAAAUACAAGAGUUUUUGGAAUAUUUUACUUUUUUGGAUGCAAUUUCUUCAAAAAUAUCUAAGUUAGAAAAAGAGUACACAAUAGUUGCUCAGCUGUAUUCUGUUGUCAGGUAUUACCAGAUCCAUGUUUCAGAAGAGCAAAUUGCCAUUUAUAAAAUCCUUCUUAUCAAGUUUGGUCAACUAAAAACUUCUGUGAAGUUAAGUGAAACAAAUAAAGAUGCUGCUAUUUCUAAAUUCAGAGACAAUUUGGAAUCAUACAUCACUGGGCUACAUAUUGAAGUUAGUAAUUUAAAGGCUAAA